AUGUCAAUUCCCAUCGCGGUAUGUGGCAUGGCUCUGAGAUUGCCGGGUGGUAUAUCAAACCCGUCUCAAUUCUGGGACUUUCUUGUGUCCAAGAAGGAUGCCAGAUCCCGGGUCCCUGACAGCCGGUACGCUGUUUCCAGCUACUAUUCAAAGACAGGUGCCAACGGCACGAUCAAAACUGAGCAUGGAUAUUUCCUUGAUGAAACCGUUGACCUCGGGGCGUUGGACGCCAGCUUCUUUAGCUUUACGAAGGCUGAAUUGGAGUUGGUUGACCCUCAACAACGCCUGCUGCUUGAAGUGGCCCGUGAGUGCUUGGAAAGCGCUGGGGAGGCCGACUAUAGAGGCAAGGAUAUUGGUUGUUUUGUGGGCUCAUUUGGCGAUGACUGGAUCCAAAAUCUUUUCCACGAUCCCCAAAUGUAUGCCAAGUACCCAUUGCUGGCUGGCGGCGAUUAUGCCAUCCCAAACCGCAUCUCAUACGAGUAUGACCUUCGUGGUCCCAGCAUGAUGAUCCGUACUGCGUGCUCUUCGACCAUGGUCUGUCUGCACGAGGCAUGCCUUGCCAUACAGAGAGGAGAGUGCUCGGCCGCGGUUGUCGGAGGCUGCAAUCUUAUCAUGGCCCCGACGAUGACCGCUGUCAUGACGGCAAAAGGGGUCCUCUCACCAGACGGCACGAGCAAGACCUUCGAUGCUGAGGCUAACGGCUAUGGCCGUGGAGAGGCUAUAAAUGCCAUCUACAUCAAACCGCUGCAGGAUGCACUUCGCGAUGGCAACCCUAUCCGGGCAGUAAUAAGAGGCACGGCAACUAAUUCUGAUGGCAAAAGCAGCGGACUCAACGUCCCCAGCCAAAUAACCCAGGAAAGUGUGAUACGUAAAGCCUAUGCAGUUGCUGGGAUCGACGAUAUAUCCGACACAGCAUUCGUGGAGUGCCACGGAACAGGAACCGCAGUUGGAGAUCCCAUUGAAGUGAUCGCAGUUGCUAAUACAUUUGGUGAUAGAGGUAUUUAUAUUGGGUCUGUCAAACCCAACGUUGGACACUCCGAAGGUGCAUCCGGUCUUACUUCCAUCAUCAAGGCUGUACUGGCCAUAGAGAACGAGGUCAUCCCGCCAAAUAUCAACUUCAAUACACCAAACCCCAAGAUUCCCUUCGAAGAAAAGAACAUAAAGGUUCCUACUAAGCCAACUCCAUGGCCACAGGAUCAAUGUAUCAGAGUGAGUGUAAACAGUUUUGGUAUGGGGGGAGUCAACGCCCACGCUGUUCUUGAGUCUGCGAAAAGUUUCACUCUACCCCGCUCGCCACCAACAGGACAAAAUGCCAAGUUGAUGUCCUUGCUGCUCUUUUCCGCCAACACUAUGGAUUCUCUCCAGCGGCGAGUGGAUGAGCAUCAUAAAUACCUGCAGGAUCAGCCUGGUGCUUUAGCUGAUAUGGCUUACACUCUGGGAACAAGACGAGAGCACUUGCCAUUUCGUGCAGCGUCAAUCGUACGACAUGACCUGUCUUUGACUACGACACCAAUGGCAAAGAUUCCAUUGUCCCCACCAAAACUCGUUUUCGUAUUCACUGGCCAAGGCGCCCAAUGGUCUGGUAUGGGGGUUGCACUCUACAAAAGUAACAGGAUAUUUCAACGAUCAAUUCAAGGCUUGGAGGAGAUCUUACGCACCCUACCGGAUGCACCUGCCUGGUCUAUAAUUGAUGAGAUGAUGAAGCCAGUUGAGAAAAGUAACCUUCACAGAGCCAGCUACGCACAACCCAUCUGCACUGCAUUGCAAAUAGGGCUCGUCGAUACCCUGUCCAAGCUCAAAGUCGGCCCGUCUGCAGUCAUUGGCCACUCCUCAGGGGAACUCGCAGCGGCCUAUGCGGCAGGCAAACUGACUGCGCGAGAAGCCUUCAUUGCGGCAUUUUAUCGUGGCGUUGUAUCCGAGUAUGUCGCAAAGCCUGGGGGGAUGGUAGCGGUAGCAAUGGGCCGAGAGGAAACCAGUGCAUUCCUCAUGCCUGGUGUUAUAAUUGCCUGUGAGAACUCGCCGUCCAGUGUCACCAUUUCAGGUGAUGUCAAUGAGCUGGCGAAAGUCACACAAGCGAUUAACACGUCGCGACCGGACGUGUUGGUUCGGCAGCUGAGGGUCGAUGUGGCAUACCAUUCCCCUUACAUGAACGACGUGGGAGAAACCUACCGUUCACAUAUGGCCCGUUUCCUCGUCGACUCACGCACCGGCCGCUCACCACAGGUGGAAUUCUUUUCGACCGUCACUGGAAAGCGUCUGGAAGAGGCCACUCUCCUGGACCCCGAGUACUGGCAGUCGAAUCUUGGAUCUCCAGUUCUCUUCCGUACGGCGAUCCAAAGUCUGGCGUCUCAUCACAAAUGCUCGCUGCUGUUCUUAGAGAUUGGGCCACAUUCCACGCUCUCUGGCCCGAUUCGACAGACUCUGGAUCAAGUCUCCUUGAGUCACCCGUAUGUCUCGUGUCUGAUUCGAGAAAAGAAUUGUGAAGAAUCUUUUCUUUUGGCCAUGGCGGAGUUGUAUUCUCAGCAUAUCCCUCUGGCUCUCGAACCUCUGACAAACCCAGAUGGCAAUGCCCGCGUCCUCACAGAUCUGCCAACGUAUCCAUGGCAGCAUACCUACUCCAAUCUCUUCAUGCCGCGCAAGAACGCUGAUUGGCUGUUCCUGAAGCACCCAAAGCACGAGCUUCUAGGAAUUCGAGUGAGUGAAAGCACUGAUAACGACCCUUCGUGGAGAAAUCUGCUUCCUCUGGAGGAGGUUCCAUGGCUUCGGGAGCACAAAGUCAGGGACAAUGUUGUGUUCCCAGCUGCUGGAUUUCUCUGUAUGGCUGGGGAGGCUGUUCGACAACUCAAUCCACAGAGAUCGGAUGGAUUCCGUGUUCGCGAUAUGGAGAUAGGAACAGCACUGCUGCUGAAUGACGUAAAGUCUAUAGAUACGGUGACCACCCUGCGGAAAGUCCGUGCAUCGGAUUGGUUUGACUUUACCAUCAGUUCUCAUAACGGGGUCUGCUGGGUAGAGCACUGUUCUGGACAAGUCCUUGGAGCUAGUCAUCGUCCGGGGAUUGAAGCGAAGGUUGAAGAAAGACUACCCCGUCGCAUUCAAACGCGGGCUUGGUACAAAGCACUGGAGCAGGCAGGCUAUGGAUAUGGGUCUGCCUUCCAGGGUAUGUACAAUCCCUCCUCCUCAGCAACCGAGCACAUCGCAGCCGGUUAUAUCAUCUCAACGCUCGAGGAGUCAACGUACUAUCCAGUACACCCAACCAAACUGGAUGCUUUCUUUCAAAUUGUGUACUUGGCGGUCCAAAAAGGACGUGUCUGGGGCUUGGACCAGCUUCUCGUUCCAACUCAUUUUGCCGAGAUUGAGAUCUAUACUUGUAGCUCUGAUCUCAAUGCCAGGGCCUGGGGAGGCGGUUUACCAAAUGGUGCAGCUUGGGGAAGCGGACAGGCUCUUGACUCCGAUGGCGCAGUAUCUGUGAGACUUCGCGAGGCUAGAAUGUCUCCCCUCAGAACAGAACAGGAUGCUAAAGAUAGGCCGGAUUUCGGGAAUGCCCUUAGGUUGCAUUGGAGACCCGAUAUCCAAUUUGCGAACCUUACCGACCUUGUCAGCUCGCCGUCUGAUUGGAAAGAACAUAUGAAGCUGCUCAGCAAGCUGACCACUUUAUGUAUUGCACAAGCGCGCUCUCGUCUUGAAAGUGUACAAUCCGAGAUACCUCACCUGAAGAAAUAUCAAGCGUGGCUACAGAACCAGCCCCUGCUGACAACAGACUUCGAUAUGGAGUCUGUUGUUGCGCAGAUUUUGGCGACACCAGCUUCACCCUGCGCGAUCGCCAUGAUGAAGGUCUUGGAAAAUAUUGUUGCCAUGUGCAAGGGCGAACUCGAGCCCCUAGAAGUUCUCAUGGGCAAUGAAAUUUUGUUCAACUUGUAUAACUACUUGAACGAGGGCGAUCGCAGUGCCUUGUUCCAAUUGCUCGGGCACCGUCAUCCCAAGCAACGUAUCCUCGAGAUUGGAGCCGGUACAGGGAGUUCAACCACCAAAAUUCUCCCAGAGACAAGAUAUUCCACGUAUACCUUCACCGACGUCUCCGCUGCGUUUUUCCCCGCAGCAAAAGAGCGGCUCAAGGACUACCCGAGCCUCGUCUUCAAGACGCUGGACAUCUCACAGGAUCCUUUAGAUCAAGGCUUCGAACCACAAUCAUUUGACCUGAUCGUCGCCGCCAAUGUGCUGCACGCUACACCUAGUCUCAACGAGACGUUGGUGAAUGUGCGCAGGCUGCUUCAUCCACAGGGCGUCUUGUUGCUGGAGGAGCUUUGCCCAGAAACCAAGUUCCCGAAUUUUAUUACUGGAGUCCUACCAGGGUGGUGGGCUGGGGAGGCAGACGGCCGAGUUAACGAGCCAUAUGUGCGUCCUGAACGAUGGGAAUUUGAACUGAAGAAAGCCGGGUUCAGAGGCUUGGAUGAUGUCGGGUUUGAUGCAGCUCCACCAUUCCAUAAGAACGCAUUCAUGCUUGCGAGCCCCCUUCCAGAAGAGGUCCGAACUCAAAGGCACGUCGUGCUUCUAUCCAACGCCACAUCCACAGAGAUCGCGAUUCAAAUGCAACGACAACUUCGUUUGAGAGGAUAUGAAGUUGCCAUUCAGGGUCUUCGGGACCCCUUGCCAGAUGGCCGGGACGUAAUCGCCGUGGUUGAUACGGUAACACCUUUCUUCCACGAGCUUGAUGCCAGUCGAUUGUCAGACUUCCAGCUAUUUAUGUGCGAAGUUCAACAGUCACACUCGGGGGUUUUUUGGGUUACUCGGUGUAGUCAGCUUAAUUGCCAGGAUCCGCGAUUUUCCCUGACAAUUGGAGUUGCUAGAACUGCCAGGUCUGAAUUUGGCAUUGACUUCACGACAUGUGAAUUCGACGAGAUCAAAUAUACCAGCCUUGCGUUGACGAUUGAUGUGUUUGAAAAGUACCAUGCCCGCACACGCCAUAACCAUACCCUCUCAGAGCAGGAAUUCGUGAUUUGCAGAGACACGGUCCAUGUAGGACGUAUGCUACCAACUUCAAUCUCAGAAGAGCUUGCCAGCCCUCGUCGGAUGGAGUUGAAAAACCAUGAUCGUGUAUUAACCCUGGCUGUCGGAUCAUAUGGCGUCUUGGAUUCACUAAGGUGGGCUGUCAGUGUCGAUCAGCCUGUCAUGCAAGACAACGAAGUAGAAAUCGAGGUGGACAGUGCCGGAGUGAACUUCAAAGACGUCCUCAUGGCUCUAGACAUCGUACAUUCUAAAGAUAGCAGACUGGGCCUGGAGGCUGCUGGGGUUGUGCGCAAGGUCGGCUCAGAAGUGACCAAUUGCUCCCCCGGCGACCGCGUUUUCGUCAUCGGUCCAGGAUGCUUUGCAACUACGAUAGUUGUAGCAGCAGCACGGUGUACAAAGAUCCCAGACAGUCUAUCAAUUCAGGACGCCGCUACUAUGCCUCUGGUCUUUUCAACAGUUAUCCAUUGCCUCGUGGAUAUUGGGCAAUUGGACAAGUCACAAACUGUUCUGAUCCACUCUGCAUCGGGGGGAGUAGGACUUGCCGCAAUGCAAAUAUGUCAGAUGCUCGGAGCGACGAUUUACGCAACUGUAAGCAGCAAGGAAAAGGGCGACUAUCUGAUUAAGACCUACGGCAUCCCAGAAAAUCAUAUCUUUUCUUCGAGGGAUUCAUCGUUUCUCUCUGAGGCGAUGAACGCAACCCAUGGCCGCGGCGUUGAUAUCGUGCUGAACACGCUUUCCGGAGAACUGUUCCACGCUUCAUGUGAGUGUGUCACUGAAUGCGGCAAACUGAUAGACCUUGCAAAAGGAAAUUCACAGCUGUCUGGCAAGCAUUUCCGCUCCAACGCUACGUAUACAGUCGUCGACUUGACGGACUAUAUCAGGCUGAAGCCAGGCGAGUGCCAACGACUUCUCAAGACGAUAGUGGACCUCUAUUCACGGGGCCAUAUUCAACCUAUUCGUCCGGUACGGACAUUUGCCGCUGACGAAAUUGCAGGUUGCUUCAGAUAUAUGCAGAGCGGCCAACAUAUUGGGAAACUACGAAUCUCUCUCCAUGACCAAGGGAGGACAUUAAGGCCACUUUUACCUCCCAAGACCGCGACUUUCUGUACUGAUGCUGCAUAUCUUCUUGUCGGCGGCUUACGAGGGUUAGGCAGCGGACUCGCGCGGUGGAUGGCCGAGCACAAUGCAAGAAACUUCAUAUUUCUGUCUCGAAACGCUGGAAAUAACCCUUCAGACAAAGAACUUCUCGAUGAGCUCGAGAGUCAAGGAUGCUCCGUAACAAUCAUCAAAGGAAACGUUUGCAACAUAGCGGACGUUGAAAAGGCGAUAUCAUCUGCACCAGUGCCACUGAAAGGAAUUUUCAAUCUUUCCAUGGUGCUGCAAGAUGAAUCGCUGCUGCGAAUUUCCAUAGAUGAUUGGAAUGCUGCCAUCGAACCAAAAGUACAAGGCACUUGGAAUUUGCACAAGGCGUCUCUCAACCAUGAUAUCGAUUAUUUCAUGUUGUUUGGCUCGAUGUGUGGGAUUCUGGGAAUGCCCGGACAGGCUAACUACGCUGCUGCGAACACCUUCCUGGAUUCAUUCGUCCAGUAUCGCCAUCAGCUUGGCUUGCCUGCCUCGGUUGUUGACCUUGGGGCGGUUGACGGUAUAGGCUACAUCGCUGACAAUCCGCAAGUCUUGGAACGCUCAAAAUGGCUUAAACAUGUUCUGAUAAGCCAGAAGGAACUAUUCAACAUGGUGACUGCUGCGAUGUGUCAGAGCAACCCCCCGUCAGACACAUUCAAGCAUAGCUACACCAAUCCGGCACAGAUCGUAACCGGAUUCCGGGACAAUACGAACACGGUGGAUCCAUUUACCAGCAAUGCGUUUUUCUUUGACGCGCGCCUAGCGACGUACUUGAAUACCACAGCCAACGAGGCAACCAUUGAUCAAUCCACGGGCCAGAAUCAACUGAGCAAUUUCGUCUCCGCAGCAGGCACCGAUCCCAGCACAUUAUCUGAUCCUUCUGCGCGAGACUUCAUUGCCAGACAAAUCGCAAAAUAUGUGUUCGAUCUUCUCAUGAAGCCCGUCGAAGAUGUCGCUGAAAUCGACCUCUCACGCUCACUGUCCGAUGUUGGCCUCGAUAGUCUAGCGGCGGUUGAAGUGCGGUCUUGGUGGAAGUCUACUAUUGGCAUUGAGAUCAGUGUCUUAGAGAUCAUGUCGCUCGCUAGCUUUGAUGCGCUGGGGGAACAUGCACUUGAGGGUUUGAAGCGAAAAUUUGCCAUGAGAGAAUAA